CAACAGUUGUGUGCAGCGAUGCAGUUGAACAGGUUCUUGUUCCAAGGAAUAGAAAGCAGGUAGUUUGAUCACAUCACAAUAGUUUGAUCACAGAACACUAGUACAUUUAUCAGACUGCAGUGCCUCAAUAGGACUGAUUCAACCAGGGAUGAAGGUGACUCAGCUAGACUGUCUGUGUGUGAUUCUUCUAUAUCUCCUACACACAGCAGGCUCUGAGAAGUUUGAGGUUCUUGGUCCAACUGAUCCCAUUGUUGCUGUAGCUGGUGAUGACAUCAUUCUGCCCUGUUACCUCAAACCCAACAUCAGCGCUGAGGACAUGACAGUGGACUGGCUGAACCUGGACUUCUUAGACGGUCGUGUUUUUCGUUACCAAAACCACAGAAUCAUACCAGUUGAUCAGAUUCCCUACUAUAGAGGAAGAACUUCACUGUUUGAAGAGGAACUGUGGAGGGGAAACACCUCUUUGAAACUGACCAGGGUACAAGGCACUGAUGAGGGACAUUACAAAUGUUUUAUUAAGGCAAAGAGCUGGUAUGAUGAUUUCACUAUUCAAGUCCUCGUUAAAGCUGUAGGAUCCAAGCCAGUGGUGUCCAUUGUGGGACACAGAGAGGGAGGGAUGGGUCUGCUGUGUGAAUCAGAAGGCUGGCACCCUGAGCCUGAGCUGGUGUGGCUGGACAGUAAAGGAGUCCAUCUCUCUGCUGGUCCUCCUGAGAUACACAGAAGUUUCAAGGGAUUCUACAGAGUCAAACAACAUGUCAUUGUCCAGGAGACUGACACCAACCGCUUUACCUGCAGAGUCCAACAGAGCAGGAUCAAUGAGAAGAUGGAGACAGAGAUUCACCUCCCUAGUGAGAUAUUUUAUACAGCCCCAUGGAGAAUGGCCUUCAUUGUGUUAUGCUGUCUGGGAGCCAUUGCUGUGAUUGGUUUAUCUCUGGCUAUCUACUACAUGUGUAAUAAGAAAGAUAAACUCAGGAAGGAGAAGGAUGAACUCUGGGAGCAGAAUCAUGAACUCUGUGAACAGAUAUAUGACCGCACUAAGGAGCUAAGAAUACUGACUUCUCAGCUGGAUUUUGUGAACACAAACUGGAGUCCAGAUUUUGAAAACAUCAGAAGACAUGCAGUGGAUGUGACUCUAGACCCUGAUACGGCACAUUGUAACCUCAUCCUGUCUGAUGACGGGAAACAAGUGAGACAUGGAGAACUAAAUCAGGUUCUCUCUGACAACAGGAAGAGGUAUAAAAAUUGGUCCGGUGUCCUGGGAAAUGUGGGCUUCUCAGGGAAGUUCUACUAUGAGGUGAAGGUGGAGGGGAAGACUGAGUGGACUUUGGGGGUGGUCAUACAGUCCAUCAAUAGGAAUGAGAGUUUUAUACCAAUCCCUAAUAAUGGAUACUGGACUGUGGAGCUGAAGGAUGAAGAGUACACAGCUAAUGCAGAUUCCCAUGUCACCCUCUUACUGAGAGAGAAGCCCCUGAAGGUGGGGGUGUUUGUGGAUUAUGAGAAGUGUCAGAUCUCCUUCUACGAUGUGGAGGCAAGGUGUCAUAUCUACUCUUUCACUGACUGCUCCUUCACUGAGAAACUCUAUCCAUUCUUCAACCCUGGUGAUUCAGAUAGUAUUUCACUGGUCGUCUGUCCUGUGGAUGCCACUGACUGACUGUUUUAAAUCAAACAAGGUGCAAUUGUUAUUUGUGAAAUGCUUGUUACUCUGCUAAUGUGCAGUAAAUCUACUGUAUAUAAUUUUAAAAAGUGCUCAACAUCCGUCCUAGCUCGCUCAUUUAUGUCUUAAUCAAAAUUACGGAUUGUCUCUUAUCCGCUCGUCGUUCCCUUAUGCCAUAGUUUGUACAUCUCAAUUGUCAGUAGAAACCACAUUUGUUUAAACAAGUCAGCCAUAUGAGCUAUAUUUUUUAAGAAGGCAGAAAAUGAGACUGAUUUUUUUUAGCCUUUAUUUAACCAGACAAGUCAGUUAAGAACAAAUUCUUAUUUUCAAUGACGGCCUAGGAACAGUGGGUUAACUGCCGGUUCAGGGACAGAACGACAGAUUUGUACCUUGUCAGCUCAGGGGUUUGAACUUGCAACCUUCUGGUUACCAGUCCAACGCUCUAACCACUAGGCUACCCUGCAGCCCCAAUAAACUGUUUCACUGCCAGACAUGGCUCCGCUGAUAGCCAGGUGAAGCAGUGGUAAGGUCUUGGGACUGCUGAUGGGACUCUGCUGUUGGGCCCUAACAGUUUGUGGGCAUCGUUUGUAACUGUUACCAUGCAAUUAAUGUAUUGUUUAGUGUUGUGUUGUGUCGUGGCGUUGCUGGAAUGCACAAGAUUUACAUGCUGAAAUUGUAACUGGUUGUGCAACCUUUCUGCUGUGUGCUCCUACAUUUAGGUAACAAUGUAGCAACAGCACAAAAUAAAUGUGUUUUAUAUAUUGAUCAUUUGAUAAUUAAAUGUUUUGAGAGUGUUUAAAAA